AUGGCAGAAAAGGUUGCUGGAAAUCCAAUGGAAUCGCCGCGGCCGUUGGCUGGUCAGAGUGGUAACGAUCAUUGGAGGGAUCGGGUGUGGAUUCAUCCACCGCAUUUUCUCAUUGUCUUUGCAGGACAAGCAGGUGUAAAUCAGCUGGGCGGUGUAUUUGUGAAUGGACGACCACUUCCGGAUUGCAUCAGGAGGCGGAUUGUGGAGCUAGCUCUGAUGGGAGUGCGUCCCUGUGAUAUAUCCCGCCAAUUGCUUGUCUCACACGGAUGCGUCUCAAAGAUCCUAACGCGAUUCUAUGAAACUGGUUCAAUUAGACCUGGAUCAAUUGGGGGUAGUAAAACAAAGCAAGUUGCAACACCGACGGUUGUGAAGAAAAUUCUGCGUUUCAAACAAGAAAAUCCAGGGAUGUUUGCCUGGGAGAUUCGGGAUCAACUGCUGGCUCAGAGAAUUUGUGAUCCUAACACCAUUCCCUCAGUAAGCUCAGUCAAUAGAAUUUUGAGGAAUGGAGGACUCUGGACAGACGAUAUGGCAGCAAAUGAACAAAUGAUUAGGGAAAGCCAUGGGUAUCUGCAGGCUAAGAAUAAUCCCUCUGCAAUGUACGGAGCCACCUCACCAGGAUCCUCAAGUGAACAGACAUCCCCAAUGCCGCUCACGCAAUAUCGUUUCCACGGAGUUGGAUCAUCCUUGGUUAAGCCCUUGAGCCUUCAUCCUCCCCCUGUUCAACCUCGAGCUCCUCUUCGACCAGCUGCAUUGGCUCCCUCUCCGCCAGAAGCCCACAAAUCUCUGCCCAUAUCUCCAAAAAUGAGCCAGCAUUCACCUGAAGUCAGUCCACAGACAUCACCACCCAAUCUCUCAUCCCCAGAAGAAGCUGCUCAUGCAUUUGCAAGUCAUACCAUCAGCCCCUUCCCUAAGCACUGGAUCUGGAAUACUGCUAGUCUCUUCUAUGCCACUGGCAGUAGGGAUCAACUGCCCCCACAUGCAUUCCUGCCCUAUGCUGCUCAUUUCAACGGACUCCCAAUUUCUCCUGCUGCCUUGAACUUGGACACUCAAGGGUCAGAGAACAAAAGUCAAGAUACCAGUGAUGACUCCCUGGAUCAAGAGGAGACCACAAAGAGCCAAAGCUCGGGAGUGGCGAAGAAGAGAAACCCCUACUCAAUUGAGGAGUUGCUCAAAAAGCCCGAGAAGAAAAGACGCUUCAGUGGUUGUGAUCCCAUCAUCUGCACAAGUCUCCCGCCCAGCAAACCAGUUGUGAUUGCACUGGAUGAUACCUCCCGCCUCUCAGGCACCUCAUCCACUCACCUGGCACCGGAUGACGAGGCGAUGGCUGAUAAAGCGUGUCACAUUGAGGUGUGUGAUUGAGUCUCCCGCACCUGAAGCGUCUCUUCCUGUCCAGCUCGUCAGCAGGACGGGAAAUCAUAGGAAUUGUAAAUAGAGUUCUUUGAUCACGCUCUGACCACGAUCUCGCGAUGGCUGAUCAGGAAAGUCGGCAGAGAUACGCAAUUUGCAACAAAUGAAUAACUUAUGAGGAGCAGCAGUGGUUCUCAAACUGUGACCAAAAGCGAGGACUGGCUUUUUGUAUAUAUUAUAAUUUAUUUAAAAAAAAAACAUUGUAUAAAUAUUUAAGGAAAGGUUUCGCUGAAAAUGUGAAGUUUGAAUAGAUUUCUAUGAAGUCUUAACCUUUUUUUUUAAUUUUUGGUACUAGAAUUAGUAGAAUGUUAAAAAAGUCACCAAAAGAGAGAAUAAAAAGAAAA